UUUCAAAACAAGUUUGCCUCUUGUGUUACACGCUGGUUGACUGUAGGGUUGUUGGUUGGUUUUGGUGAAGACUGCUUUUCACAUUUCUUGAAGAACUGUAUUCAGACUUCCGAGAUACAAUGGCGAGUCUCGAGGAGAACUUGAAGACUAUGCUUAGAAUCUUCAGGAGAGAAUGCCACCGAAUUCUGGAAUCGGAGAGGACGACCAUUCGAGGUUCAGACGAGAUGCUCAUGUCCCUACAACUGACUAUGGCUGAAGUGAACAAACAGGAGAGUGGAGAAUUUGGCGUUGCCCUGAGCGACGUCCUUCUAUGCUGGAAGAGCUUGCUGCUGGACCGUCUCCAGCUACCCGACGGUGGGUCACCACGCCCGGAAAACUACGAGCUUGUGCGGCGAGAGUACGAGAGCUUCAUGAAGCGCACCAACACUGUGGACCUGAUCGAUGUCUACUUCAUGUAUAAACAGCUCAGGCUGGAAACUGACCCUGAGCAGCUAUUCACCCCAGCCCAGCUGCUGCAGUUCCUCCUGGGUACUUCUGACUGUGCAGAGGAGACAAGCUCCAUCCCUCCUUGUCCAUCCACGCCCUCCUCCAGCCAGCCCAGGCCCUGCACUGCACAGAUGCGGAGGGUGGCGAGGAGAGUGUUCUGUUCCUACCUGGGCCUUCUGGUCAAUUCUAAGAACGACCUGUCUCUGGCCAACGUGUUGGACAGUCCCUGCCGUUCUCUUGGACGCGCUGCCUUCACAGACCUCAAGCACGCGGCUCGGAACAGCCAAACCUCCCUAUUUCUGGCCGUGACCUCCUUUGUACGAGCAAUACAGCUGGGCGGUAAAGGUUACGCCCCUGCAGAGUCCGACCCACUUAGGAAGCACCUGAAGGGCCUGUGUGAGUUCGUCCACUUCACUGACCAGCUGGAGGAGCUGCUGGGAGAGACCCCAGAACCCAGUGUGGCCGGAGCUAAGCUAGUGGCCCGCGUGCGUGCGGUGCUCCUGAAGGGUCGCAGCAGCGGAGAUUCCGUCUACACGGCAGUGGACGACACGGCGAAGGCGCUCAAGGAACGCAUCGCACAGAUCCACAGCGCUCACCAGCAGUCUGCGCUCACAAUGGGCAUCAGCCCUGCCAGGCCUAAAGCGCACGCCAUCAACCACGCUACAGCCUACAUCGGCCGGGACACGGUCAAGGUGCUCAUGAAUCUGCUGGAUGAGGAGGCUCUGGCGCCGCCCUGCAGGAACAAGGCAGAACUGCUCACUGACGACCAAUCAGUACUCAGCGGAGCAGAGGGAGCUUCCCUUCUCAGUCUUUACAAGUCUCCAGCGGUGGUGACCGGGACCUCUCCAAAGCCCUUACGCAGUCGCAUCCAGGCGGCACAGGCCAAAGGAAAGGUGAAGGAGCGGGGCCUGCGCUCUCAGUUUGCCUGCACGUACGUUGAGACGGAUGACCAGCCGCUGAACCGGGUUCUGGACUUCCCCAGCACCAGCCAGGUGCCCACCUGCAAGCACCCGGCUCCGAAGAGGCUGAUAGACCGCCCGCCGCCGAUCACGGACUGGGACGGGGAUUCGGAGAACCAGGAGUCUUCUGGACAGAAGGAAUCACAUGGGCUAGAGAACGGUGAGGCAAACACUGUCUCCAUAGCAGCCCUGGGAAGUCGCCAGGGUAACGCCAAAGCUCAAGUAGCCAAGGAAACCCAGCCGAAGAAUAAGAAGAGUAAAACCCCCUUAGAUGCCACAGCCCAGGGGAGCAAGGGCAUGAAACGCAAGCAGGUGGAUGGGGCAGACUUGUGUGGAGAAGAGAACCAACCCCCAGCCAAGAGACCCCCACUCAAAGCCUCUACCGCCGCCCUAGGGGCCAAAAAGACCCUCAAAGCCCCUACUAAGAAACUGAUCGCUGGUCAGGGCAAACUCACCGGCUUCUUCCGGCUGUAGCUGUGCCUUGUGCUGCUCAGACUUACUGGCCCUGAUAAAUCAUCUCUCUCUCUCUCUCUCUCCCUCUCUCGUUCUCUCUAUUUAUUCCUGGCUCAUUACUUCAUUGCUUUGAUGUAACAGCCAAGGUUCGUUAGAUGUAAUAUAUUGUUUUCAGUAUGAAGUAGUUGUUGGAGGUGUUGUCCUCUUGUUAGAUGAAUCAGGCUCUUUUGUGUGUGUGUGUCUGUCUGUCUGUCUGUCUGUCUGUCUGUCUGUCUGUGAUUAUGUUGUCCCUAUCUGAUGGAUUGACAGGGUGACAUUUCUGCAUCAGAUUAGUUUGUCCCCCUUGCCCACCUCUCCAGUUGUUUUAUUCUUUAGUUUUAUUG